CGCAUUGUGCUCCCUCUCUCUCUUUCUCUCUCUCUCUCUGAGCAGCCCUGACUUAACUAGCCAGAGAAAUCUGUUGUGUUUUGCACUGUGGCUACCCGCUGUCCCUUGUGGUGCAGGUUUGAGCCCCCCUCAGAGGAGAGACAUGUGGCGAAAGACAGGAGCGGCCACCGCAGGAAGUGACAGCAGGAUCCCCUGAGCUCAAAAACGAAGGAUAACCACUACCGAUCAACGCGGGGACAAGGAGACGUGAGCCCAGGGCAAUAUCAACCAUGUUGACACCAUGGAGAUUGUUCCUCUGCCAGAUGGCACUGAACAUAUUCUAUCACAUCGCUAAAGCCAGUUUAUGCCUUGGUGGUCAAGACAUAUUUGCCACGGUCCGAGAGAACAGUCCCACUGGAGAGAUCAUAGCCCACCUCAGUAUCAACGGAGACCCUGGAGCCAGUAGCAUCCGCCUGUGUCUCACAGGAGAAAACGCUGACUGGUUUUACCUUGAAGGCCGAACAAUCCGACUCAACUCGUCGUUUUCAAGGAUCUUAGAUCGAGAAGCUGCGCAGGUGAACGAUCCAAAGAAAUAUUCGGUGGCGACGGCACUGGUGCAUGUGGUGUCAGAGAACCGAUUUCCUCCAUUCUUCAACAAGACUGUCUACAAAGGGUUCCUCAUUGAGAGCUCCAGCCCUGCCACACUGGUCACUACCUACGGGAACCAAGUCCUGGUAGUCCAGGCCAUUGACAGGGACUUCAGAGAUGGAAUAAAUCCAAAAAUCCAUUACACAAUGCAGCCCUUGACGGGUAGCAAUAAACUGUACCACAUUACCCAGGAUGGCAUUGUGAUUGCAAAGACGGACCGACUCAGAGCAUUCGACCGACACAUCCUGGAGGUGAUUGCAACAGAUGAAGAGUCAGGUGAAACAGCCCAUGCUUCAGUGGAUAUUGAAGUGCUGCAGAGGGGACAACCAGUUCCCAGAAGUCCAUUCGGUGAGGAACGUCUGUUUGGAGAUAUGAACGCAGGGAUGGCCGGCGGCAUCGCUGCCCUUGUUCUGCUAGUGGCUGUGACAGUACUAUUUAUCUUCCUCUGGCUGGCCAAGAGACGGAGAGAGAGACGGGAUCCAGCAAACAGGGGCGCAGUAGCUCUUGGGAAACACCCAAAUGUGAGCUUAAGAUGGUUUCAGCAGGUCAAUUCAGGACAUCCCAUGUCGCUCAUAGAGGAUGCCUCCUACCACAACGAGGCAUUCAUUGACCAUGAAUACCCCAGUGAUUUGUACACCAAAACAGAUGACAUGCUUCCUGCGUCAAUCAGGGCAUAUGAGUCUGAAAGGCCCAUGGCACUGCAAGACAUGCUGCCCAUCCUGGUGCUUCCAGAAAUAAUACCCGCAAACACCUCAUCUUCAGCUCUGACCAAUGGGAAAGCAUUUGGAAAAUCAGUCUCUUUUAAAGACGACGUAGGAGCAGCGGAGGAGACUUUGCCCAAAAAUGAAGGACAAAUUGUAGUUGUAUGUAAUCAAAUAGAAACCAGAGCAGAUAUUUUGAUGCCUGUCAUGCAGCAGGACACUUUUGCUACCGCUACAGCAGAAAAUCCUGCAGAAAAGUUGGACGUUUGUUGCCCAGAUACUUCUGUAAGACCCAGAGAGGAAUGUAUCUUCGCUCAUGCUAAUGAGGAUGAUGAAGAUGACAAUGAUCCAUACAAGAACAUGGCCUCUGUUAUUUACAGCAGUGAUGAAGACACGGGGCACGACGAGCCAAAUGAUUUAAGGCACUAUUACAAACAUGGGCAAAACCAGUUUACAAUUGACCACAUGAAGGCCAUCGGAUUACAAAUCGAGGAUUCGGAUGAAUCACAAGCCUGAUUCGUCAAGCUCAUUUGAACAAGUCGCUUUCAUGAAAAGCCAAAUCCUUACAAGUUUAAACAAAGCGAAAAUAGCAACAAACAAACAAAAAACAGGCUCAUUAAUAGGACAUAAAUAUGUAUUAUCAAACUCUACAGUUGGUUGAGCACCUGCUUUUCAAAUUUUUUUUUUUAUAUUCCAUGUUUUCCUCAUGUUGAACUGGUACAGAAAUACACAGACAAUACAGUGCACCUGAUCAGUCUUAAUUAAGAAUCAGUUUAAAUGAAGUUUUGAUGACUGUGUCGUUGAAAAAUUAA